CCAUUUUUUAAACUUCUGUGAUGGAGUGUCAUGUAAAUAUACAUGGUUGGCAUCAAAGUAUUUACUAUUCAGGUAAUCCUGGAAUAUUUAUUAUGUCCAAGAGCAGUCUUUGUUUUGGUCUUGAGAACAAGCCCUGACUUCUCUAUGUCAAAAUCUGACAUAUGAACGAGACCCGUUAAAGUGGUCUUUAGACCACCUCUGAAGACCACUAUCGAUCUCAACAAUGACGAUAAUGACUAACACGCGAAAGGACUAUGCUAGCAGUAUUUAAAUUUUGGCGAGGGCUACUUCGGAGUUACGGCUUCCCUCAGAGGGCCGGUGCAAAAUCUCAACAUUAUUUAUUACCCAUGACAAUUUGACAUUUCGGUACAGAUUUUAGCAAGAAUCAUGAUAAUUAACAGACAUGAUUUGCUCCCGCGGGCCACAUAAAAUGAUGUGGGGGGGGCCAUAUCUGGUCCCCAGGCCGUGACUUUGACACCUGUGCUCUAGAAUAUAUACCGCAUUAGCUCCUCUGAGACUGCAAAUUAAAUUUGUAUGAAAUGGAUAGGUCAGACGACAAUGUCUUUGGUUCACGACAAGUGAAACUUUUUUUAUGGCUCAUACUUAGGAAAUUCAAUUCCCUGAGAGCCAUCUCUGACGUAUAAUUUAGCUCAACGUCACUUCACUCUUCAUUCCCAAACUCUCGUCCCCUGUGCUCCGUUUAAAUUCAGUCGCCAAAUAACUUAAGUGAUCGAUUUGCAAAAAUGGUGCUUUGACGGGAGAUCCAAGACGUCAACAGUCCCUUGCCUGAAGCGUGGAGGCAUGCAGGAACUUUUAUGAUAUCUUGACCAGCCAAAUUCAUCCGAUGCCUGCCAGCUCAUUUCCUAAACACCACGUUCGCACGAUACCUGCUCCUUUGGCAGUGCUUCAUUGACGCACAAAGUGUAGUGAUAUAGUGAGGUGCUGGUUAGUUGGCUCGGCUGCUGUGAUAAAUGCCCCCUCACCUCCAAAAUGAGUCCUGCAGCCAAGACUGUGGAGCUCAUCUCUUGCUCUAAUGGACUUGAGGAAAGAAUCAAUUUACUUAGACCUGCCUCAUCGUACCGACACAAUUCUAUGAAGCUACUUAAGGAAUUAAUUAAUAUAAAAGAAAAAGACUCGCAGUUGCCAAAAAAUGUGAUUCAGUUCUCUCAUAACUAUCAAGCAGAUUGAUGACUUCCUCUCUAUGCUUGAUUCGCUGGUGUCACAGUGAUCUAGACUUACUGGCCUUGCCUAUAACGUCAUUUUUCCGUCAAGCUGCAAUGUCGUCCCAGUGAAAGCGUUGACUACUGACGACACAAACUGACAUGUUAUUGAUUUGAUACGCAAGUGGCUGACUGGCUCCGCCUACUUUCUCGGAAACGAUACAUAUAUUGAAGGGAUGGACCCAAGGAAGAGAAUCGCCGGCUUGAGGAGUUCAUACAGCACCGCAUCUGGGACCAUACAUUUAGUGUCAUGGAUAGGGUGAGACUUGUCAACUACAUCUUGGGACUCCUGGGUUUGUUACUACUGCAGGGUGUGAUAGAUGUGCAAGGAAGGAACUUAUUUAACGCAGAUAACCGGGUUUUGAAUCCAAAAGACGGCAUAGAUAUCCAGAGCAAAAUUUUAUCACUGCUUCUGCAUAAAAGCUUAGUUCCUCUUGAAAAGAAUGACACUCCAGGUCUUGAACUGGUUGAUAAAUUAGCUGAUUUGGAAGAGUUGGAGGCACUGAGGGACAAUCUGGAACUGGAGAAGGAAAUCGCAGCCAAUUUAGUAGACAAACCAAUCACAAGGAAGAGGGGUGAACCUUGUUUCUGGAAGUACUGUGUGUGAGAUGAGACUCCAGGAAGAUGAGGACCAAUGUGAAAUCUUGCUGCAAAGUCCAGCAAAGCCUUAAGAACCCACAACAGCACUCAUGUGAACACGGUUCAUUUCAGCAAAAGAGACCAUCAUUAACCCGCACCAUCAAGAAUUCGUCGCUUCCAGUUGCUCUCAUCAAGCGACUGCCUGUGUAAAACCAUAACGUGUACGUCAUCCGCGACACGCAGAAGAUGCUUCACCAGGAUAAAUUCACCAAGGUUAUUAUUUGCCUCCCGCUAUUGUGUGUCUUCAUGUUGCUCUCUUGUGGCAGAACGGAGCAUAACAUUUUUGUAAAUGACCAAAAAUUGUAAUGGAAUUAGAUUGUUCUUUUCAAAAUAAAAUGUCAAUGUGAA